AUGGCCACGUCUGCUCCUAUUCGACGCAAGCCGGUCGCUACUGCGAAUACCAGCUCAACGCCACCACCUACUUAUGACGACGUUCUCGACGAUCUGAUAGAUGACUAUCUUGAACCGCCUGAGAGCCCUCUUAAGCAUUCGUUGAUCACGGAUACCAAGACCUUGGCCAUAACGGAGAUAAAGGAGCUGACGUUGGAUACUCGUCCUUCCAUACCUCCGAGGCAGUUCUCGGUUCCACUGGUCUCAAGCCCUUCUGAGAUAUCAGUGAACUCAACUGCGUCAGCACCAGGCACACCCAAAGCAUCACGCUCAAUAUGGAAGAGUGCCGUCGACGAAACCAUCUACUUCGCCGGCGGGCUCAUUUCACACCCCUUCGAAUCAACCAGGCACUUCAGCGUUCUGCGCCAUUCUCCUGGUCUGGUCUACUUCAAAGGUCCGGCCACGAGUGUCACCAUCACCAUCUUCGGGGAUUCGCAGUUGCCACAUGAUCGGUCUUUCUGGCUGCAGCGGAAAGGCUUCUCGGGGGACAUGGGCAUGGCCGCGAGUGCGCUGCUAGGCACGACCGGGAACUGGAUCGAUGUCACGCCAUCCUUUGAGGCUGUGGUAUCUGACGUUUCCGAGUCUGACGAGCGAGCAUGGCAGAGAGAUAUCAAGAAAUUUCUUAAGAAGGCCUCCAAAGAUAAGCGCCUGUCCAAGCAUGUCAUCAGGGAAACGUGCGUCAUUCGGAUCCCGGCCUCGGCCUCAGAUGGGUACUUGCGUAUCGUCAUGUGUAGCGGACAAGGCUCGAAGAAGACGCUCUGCCCUUCUCCUGUCUUCCGAAUAGCGAGUACGUCUUCGGACGUGAGCAUACUCCGAGGCGCAAGCCUCAAGACCAUGCCACUCGAAGCUGGGCUCAAAGUGGCGUCGGUGGUCGGCACGCAGUAUGUACAGAGAUUCGUUGGGCCGGCGCUGGCAGCCCAGGGUAUUGUGCAGAGUAAAGUCGCCAAGAAACUACAGCCGGGUAGACUCACCAAACAGGCUGAGAAGGUGGCGAUCGUCAAAUCCGGCGUGAAGCAGCAAUUAAUCUCUCUGGAGGAGAAUUUCGACCCAACAAGGGAUGCCAUAUACGACGCGUUCCACGAGGAGGGGACCCUCGAGGCACCGCCCGAGGUCGUGGGGCCUGACACUGGACCGGAGCAGCCGUUUCCCGUCUCCUUUGAUGGUAAAGUGGCCCAAGGGACCGGUCAAGGUCUAAUGGGGACUGGGAUCCCAACAGCGAAUCUAGCUGGGGUGCCGAGCGACCUGUUACUGCGUCUGAACGGUAUCUACAUUGGGUGGGCCGCCGUGCAGCCGAUGAAGGGUGCCGAAGGCAUCUCCCACGAGUGGCACGAAGCCAUCAUCACUAUUGGUCCAUCGCCAUACGCGGCACCUCGGCUCGUCCCGAAGAACAUAGCCACUGUUCAUAUCAUACACGACUUCGGCACGUCAGCGUUCUUCGGCGCCAAGCUGAAGGUGGUGAUCAUGGCAUUCCUGCGCCGCGUACCCAAACCAGACCGCGCAGGGCCGCCCAUCGACAUCGCCGCAGCCGUCGCACGAGACACCGACAUCGCAAUCGCGAGCCUGAGCCGUGAACACUGGCAGUGCGAUAUGACGCUCCACAGGAUCAAGACGGAAAAGAGUCAGCUGUCUACGUCGGAGAAGUACGUGGAUGUUCGAUCACAGGUGCAGAAGCGCGUUGAUAGCGUCCCGGUACAUUGGGCCGGCGUCCGGACAGCUAGAUCUGAGCUGAAAGACCAAGCAUACGGUCGAGGAGGCUUGUAUAUAAGGAGAUGA